GCAUGUUGUUGCACCAGGCUUCUAUUUAGUGAUAUAGGAAGUCAGGAAAAAAAAACCCCGAAAAUUCAAGACAAGGCAAGGCUAUUUUUGAGGAUCUUGGUGCAGCGAACUAGUACUCGGAAAUAAUCAUGCUGCCUGAUUUGAAGGAAGCACCUUCUUGUUACACCUCUUCGAAGACACACUGACCAACUACCUAAGGCUGGUAACUUGUAAUGACGAUGGAAGAUAGUGAAAGGGAAUACAGUCGUAUGCGACUGCCUACGACGUAGCUCACCGACGCCCAUCAAAAUCCUUCAUGAUCUAUCUUGUCGGGAUGAGAAUACAAGUAUAAAGAGAGGGCAGCUUUGCCGACUUUCUGGUUCCAACAACUUCCCAAUCCGAAGCUACACUCUCAAGUCAACACCUCGAAUCGAAUCCAAGAUUUACCCAUUGCAUUCGCACCAUUCCGAAUCUAACUCGCCACCAUGAAGUUCUUCGCCGUUGUUUCCACGGUUUUAACCCUCUGCGGACUCGCAGCCGCAUCGCCUGUCCCUGCUCCUGCAGACAGUGUCAACGAACACGCCCAAGUCCUCGCCACCCUCGAAGGACGUCAAGGCGCUUGUGGCGUCUGGACCGCUGCCACCAAACUUGAUGGAAAUGGCUCCCCGCGCCAGCGAUAUCUGCACAAGCAGCUCAGUCAAGUCUUGACCUGCGACCCCGAAAACGGCUGCAGCGUUGGCGAGUCUCAGAGCACUUCGUACACCAUCGGCUGGUCUAUCUCCACGGGUACUGCAGUUACCCAGUGGAUCACGGGCGGCUUCGAUGUCAGCAUGAGUUGGAGCACUGGUAACCAGUACACCUGCAUGGGUGGUCCCGGGGACAGUAUUUGCAUCUGGCAGAAGAUUGCGCACACGAACUACAAGGUCAAGACGGGCUCGCUCAACCAAUGCACUGGCUUCAGAGCCAGCGGCAGAUCGGAGAUUUCUUCCCCCAACAAGAACAACGCCGGUGGUGGCUUUUACUGUGUCGUUGGAACCUGCCGCAGCCAGGGCGAGCAGUACUGGGAGGGGUGA